UUUUCUUGGGUUAAAAAAUCAAAAGUAUGUGGAUUCCUUUCACACCGAAAUUUCCUGAAGAAGAUGUGAAAACACAUAAAGCACAAUUUCCCUUUACCCUUUUGCAUUGACUCUUACUAAUUUCCGGUGAUCCAAUUUGUAGAUCUGUUGAGUAUUUCUGUACUUACAAUUCUCUUAGUCUUAGCUGCUCGAUCAUCGCUGACCAGGUGCGAUCGAUUAAUGGCUUCUUCUUCUUCUUCUUCUUCUGCUUGCCUUGGUUGGAAAUACGAUGUGUUCAUCAAUUUCAGAGGGGAAGACACUCGCAGGGGCUUCGUCAGCCAUCUCUACAACGCUCUGGUUAAGAAACCAAUCAACGCCUUCAUUGAUGCCGAGAAGCUCAGAAAAGGCGACCACCUUUCUGAGCUCCUGACAGCGAUUCGAGAGUCAAGGCUUUCGAUUGUAGUUUUCUCUCAAGACUAUGCUUCUUCCACUUGGUGCUUGAAAGAACUCGUGCAAAUCCUGGAAUGCAAGGAUACCAAUAACCAGAUUGUCCUCCCCAUUUUCCAUGACGUUGAGCCGUCUGAUGUUCGUCAACGUUUCGCGGAAGCUUUUGCUGAGCACGAUCGUGAUUCUAACGCCGAAAUGGAAGGGGUUCGGAGCUGGAGAUCCGCUCUUACAACUGCCACCAGUUUAUCCGGCUGGGUUUCGCGAAAAUAUGAGACUGAUGCAGUGCUUAUCGAGAAAAUUGUAGAAGAUGUUUAUAGGAAAUUGAUCGACAUCUCAUCAUCAUCAAGGAAAGAGAAUGGCUUGGUUGGAAUGGAUUCUCGCAUGGAUGAAAUGCAUUUAUUAUUAUAUCCUCCCGGAGGUGAAACGAAUAAUGUUCGCGUUGUUGGAAUAUGGGGUAUGGGUGGUUUAGGCAAAACAACCAUCGCUAGAGCUGUUUAUGAUGAUAUCUCUUGUCGAUUUGAAGCUUGUUGCUUUCUUGAAAAUAUCAAGGAAGGUUUCAUGAAGCACGGCAAACUACAUAUGCAGACAGAACUUCUAUCUAGUAUCUCGAACAACAAGGUGGGGAGUUCCGACAUUUCGAAGAAAGGUUUCCAGGUGAUGUUAAAUAGCCUAGGUCAGAGAAAAGUUCUUAUUGUUCUGGAUGAUGUGGACACAUUAGAACAAAUUGAAGCUUUACUUGGAGAGCAACAUUCCUUUGGUGGUGGAAGUAGAAUUAUCAUAACAACUAGAGAUUCGCAAUUACUAAGCAUAGCUGAUGAGAUAUAUAAGCCCAAGAUUUUAAGUGAUUAUGGAGCUCUGGAACUCUUUAGGCGGUACGCCUGUAGAAAAAACCAACCCAACAGAGAUUAUGAUGAUCUCUCGAGUCGUGCCGUAAAAUAUGCUCAAGGUCUGCCUUUAGCACUCAAAGUCUUGGGAGCUUUUCUUGAUAACAAAAAUGUAUGCCAGUGGGAAAAUGAGUUGGAAAAAAUAAAGAAAAUCCCGCAAAGGGGAAUUCAUGAUGUGCUUAAAACAAGCUUCGAUGGACUAGAUGACACGGAGAAGGAUAUCUUUCUUGAUAUUGCAUGUUUCUUUAAAGGAAUGAGAGAAGACUAUGCAAUCGAAAUUCUGCACAGCUGUGGUUUCUAUCCUGAUAUUGGAAUAAGAGUUCUAAUCGAUCGAGCUCUCUUAACUGUCACAAGGAAUGGGGUACUGGAGAUGCAUGAUUUACUAGAGGAAAUGGGUCGGAAAAUCGUCCACCAAGAAUCUACCAAAGAGCCUGGAAGACGAAGUAGGUUGUGGAGUUAUGAAGAUGUUCAUCAUGUGAUAACUAAAAAUACGGGUACAGAAACAGUUGAAAGCAUAAUCCUAGAUUUGUGGAACUCAGAUGAGGGAUGCUUAAUUGUAGAAGCUUUUGAUAGGAUGACUAAACUAAGACUUCUCAAGAUCAGUGCUCACGGCAUACAACACCUGACCGGGCCCUUAAAGUUUCUUUCUAGUGAGUUGAGGUGUCUUUCCUGGUCUGGAUUCCCUCUCAAGUCUUUGCCAUCCAACUUUCAAUUCGAAAAUCUUGUUGGACUUGACAUGCAAUAUAGUCUCAUUGACCGACUUUGGGAAGGAACCCAGAAGCAGGAAAAGUUGAAAUUCAUCAAUUUAAGUUAUUGUCAAUGCCUUAAGGAAACCCCUGACUUCACAAAUGUGCCAAAUCUUGAGAGGCUAAUUGUUCAAAGUUGUAUAAGCUUAGUUGAGGUUCACCUGUCUAUUUCGACUCUUACAAACCUUGUUUUAUUGGAUCUGAAUGGGUGCAAGGAACUUAAGAUUCUACCCAGCAAAAUUCGUAUGAAAUCUCUCAAAACCUUUGAUCUUUCUGGCUGCUCCAGUCUUGAGAUGUUUCCAGAGAUUUCAGAAGGUAUGGAUGAGUUAGAAGAGCUUAAUUUAUCCUCGUCAAAAAUUAAAGAACUGCCCUUUUCAAUUAAUAAUCUCACGGGGUUGAGUCAUUUGAACCUUUCAAAUUGCAAGGAACUUAAGAGUCUUCCAAGCUGCAUUCAUAUGAAAUGUUUGAAAACCUUUAAUCUUUAUGGCUGCUCCAAUCUUGAGAUGUUUCCAUUGAUUUCAGAAGGUAUUGAGGGGUUAGAAGAGCUUGAUUUAACCGGGUCAAAAAUUAAAGAACUGCCCAUGUCAAUUAAUAAUCUUACCGGGUUGAGUCAUUUGAAUCUACUAGGUUGCAAGAAACUUAAGAGUCUUCCAAGCAGCAUUCGUAUGAAAUCUCUCAAAACCAUUAAUCUUUAUGGUUGCUCGAGUCUUGAGAAGUUUCCAGAGAUUUCGGAAGUGAUUGAGGGGUUAAAAGUUCUUGAUUUAUCCAGGUCAAAAAUUAAAGAACUGCCCUCGUCAAUUAAUAAUCUCAGAGGAUUGAAUCAUUUGAAGCUAAACAGUUGCAAGGAACUUAAGAGUCUUCCAAGCAGCCUUUGUCAACUCAAGUCCCUUGGCCGUCUCUCUCUUUCCGGUUGUACAAAAUUUGAGGUGUUUCCAAGCAUUGAAGAAAAUAUGGAAGGAUUAAGAGAUCUUCUCUUAGAUGGAACAUCUAUCAAAGAGCUUUCCCCCUGGAUUGAACGGCUUACGGGGCUUCUGUGUUUGGAUCUGACAAACUGCAAAAGCCUUGUACAUCUUCCCGACACACUCUGUAAUUUGGCAAUCCUUAUCAAAGACACACAGCUCCGUCUUGGCCCGAGUCCCUCUCCACCCCAACCCCCCAAUUUUUAGGGGUUUUGGGUACUCUGUGCUGAUAAACACAUGGAUACGAAGCUCUGUUUUGAAGCAAUCAAUCGGACACUACGCCGCGUUGCGGCAGCUUUGGUCAGACGGCUAGCCACGGCCACACAUUUUGAAAUCCCAAGAG